AUGAUGGAAAAGUACUCGUCAGAUUUGGAAUCUCAAGUGAGAGAGCGGACGCUGGAACUUGAGGAGGAGAAAGCAAAAACAGAAGAACUAAUCGCAAAAAUGCUGCCACUGUGAGUUUACUAGAAGCCACUUUUGAAACACCAAAGGCUAAUUUUCCGUCGAAAGAUGGAAAUAUUUAGACUUAUUCAUGCCUUAAUGAACUCUUAUCCUGUAUUUACUGUGCACUGAUGAUAAAGUCAUGAUGACGCGAAUAGGAUCAGGCGGCAGAUAUCCAGCGAUGAAGGUGGUUACGAAGCAACAAGGUCUUGGCACUUAGGAAACUUAAAAACGCACAUGAAGGAAGUUUCAAAUACUUUCAUCUACCAUCGAUUUCAGUGGUCAGAACAUGAAUACAAAAGUUGUGAAGAAGAUAUUGCUUUUGGCCUGGCUCUUCAAGCUGGACAGAAUAAAUGAGCCUUUCUGCAAGAAAAAAUGACAAUUAAAUGUCUCGUCCUAGAGGCCAUAGAAAACUGCCAAUGACAUUAUUAGAUUUUGAACGACUCUGGUUAAAUUAAGUAGGCGUCAAAAACCUCAUAACGAUGUCUAACUCGCCAUAUUUAAUGAACAAACCCCCGCAGUUCAGCGAUCGUGUGUUAAACUUUAAAAGGUGUCGAUCUAGUUUAUUCUCGAAUACGAGCAACUGCAUUUGUAGAUUUAAGUAAUACGUACACAAUUAUGUAGAACCGAGAGAUUGUCGAAUUUCAUAGCAGUAGAACAUCAUACUUCGUUAAGCUAUACUGCCAAUAUGCGGAACAUCAAAUAUUACUUAAUUUAAAAUAACGUGGUGGGAUAGUUAGGCAAAGCAGCAGAAACUAUACCGUAAUUUGUGAACAUAAUCAAAGUCCCCGUACUACCGGGUACUAUCGGGUAACAAUUUGGUCACGGGGUAUCUCAUUAUCCCCGUUUUUCCUUUUGCAAACAUUUAAAAUAGACCUUAUUUGCUAUGCCACAGAUCUGUUGCACAGGCGCUGAUAGCUGGCAACACUGUGGCCCCAGAAGCCUUUGACGAGGUCACAAUCUACUUCAGUGACAUCGUUGGCUUCACAGCUAUUUCAGCCUGGUCUACACCUCUGCAAAUCGUUGAUCUACUCAAUGCCCUCUAUUCCACCUUCGACUCAACAAUUGCAAAGUUCGACGUCUACAAGGUACCUUGAACGCAAUCUAGCAUAGACAACAGACUAGUUUCUUCUUUGUGCAAGUAGAAAUAUGUUUGCUGAUUUCAGUACUCCACAAUUUUCAAAAGCCCUUUCAAAAGUCCCUUCAUUGAGGGUAGUUGAUUACGUUAGAAGUCCUUAGAAAUUAUAUAAAAAGGGAGAAAAUAGACCGACUAGCGAAAAGUAUUUCAAAGAGAUAGCUCCCCAAUACCACAUUUCCUUUCUCAUCUACGAAUUGAUGUUUCGGUACCUUUCUUGCAUUUCAGGUCGAAACCAUAGGUGAUGCGUACAUGGUGGCCUCGGGACUACCAAUCCGAAACGACAGACGGCACGCUGGUGAAAUUGCCACAAUGGCUCUGGAACUACUCAGUGUGGUUGGAACAUUUGUCAUUCCACACAUGCCACAGAUUCCCAUUUUGCUCCGCAUUGGAAUACACUCUGGUAACUGGCACUGCGCUUAG